CAGUAUCACAGUCCCUGGGCCCAUCUGCAAUGCUGCAGUGCAGACAUGCUCAGGAGUUCAGCUUUGGGCCCCGUGCUUUGAAGGAUGCCCUCAUCUCGACCAACCCUGCCCUGCAGGAGCUCUACACCAAAGCUUUCUCCAGUGCAGAGAAGCUGUUCCUCUCUGAAGCCUACAACCCCCAGAGGACGAUCUUCUGCACCCUGCUUAUCCGGACAGCCUUCGACUGGAUCCUCAGCCGCCCAGAUGCCCCCGAGGACUUUGAAACCUUCUAUCACUCUAUGCUGAGGAGGAAGCAGAGUUUCUAUCGAAAGCACAUCUACCUGCAGCCUAUCGAUCUCACUGAAGGGUCUUCUGGGAUCUCACUGCUGGAUUCCCUUAGGAGCUGUGUUGAGUCUUUCUUCCUGGGCCUUCGGGUAAAGUGCCUUCCCUCCAUUCCCAUCUCGUCCAUUCGCUGCUGCUUCCGACAAAACCAGGACUCAGACAGGGUGCAGCUUCACACAGAUGGGAUCCUGAACUUCCUAAAGAACAACAAGCCCAUGGAUGCUCUCUGUGUCCUUGGACUCACACUCGUGGACCUGUACCCCUGUGAGACCUGGAGUUUCACUUUCAGCAAAUUUCUGCCAGAACAAGAAGUGGGAGUCUGCAGCUUUGCCAGAUUUUCUGGCGAUUUUCCUCAGGCAGGCUGUAGCGCCUUAAAUCCAGCCCUGCGGAGGGGAAAGUUGUGCGAGGUCACAGAGAAGACUGGAGACCGGACAUUGCUGUUCAGCAUGCUGGAGAUGGUCCAGUGUUGCAAGGUCAUGUGCCAUGAGAUCUGCCACCUGAUUGGCCUGGGGAACUGCAGGUGGCUGCAGUGCGUCAUGCAAGGCGCGCUGAGUUUGGACGAAGCACUUCUACGGCCCCUGGAGCCUUGUCCCAUCUGCCUUAGGAAACUGCAGUAUGUCGUGGGCUUCAAGCUCGUCGAGCGCUACCGGAAACUGUAUGCUUGGACACAAACUGUACUGUCAGCCUGGGCCACUCAGGAGCCAACAGACCUGUCAGCCGCUGAGGACCUCCUACCAUUCAGCUCGGACUCAGGGAUGUGCUGCGAGAAUGACUCCGAAGCGGUCACUUCCCUGUCCGAGCCCCUAACCCCGGACACAUGCAGCCAGGCCCUCUCCAUUGGGCAGGAGCUGGAGCACGAUGAGCAGUCGUGUUCUCUGGCCGACACGCACAGCGAGCAGGAGCUGGACGGCACCACCAAGACCACAGACAUCAUCAAGGAAUACGAGCUGUGGCUGGAAAUGUGCAUUGCUGCCUUGGAGAGGAAUGUUUCUGAGGAGGAACUGGCCCAGGUGGACCAAGCUGUGGAUGCCCUUGCCAGGUGGGAAAUGUUUACAGGGCAACUUCCCACCAUGAAGAAGGACUUGCCCUUCACCAGGGACAGCGUAGGGUUAAGGAAAGUCCUUGGAGACAAGUUCUCGUCCUUGCGGAGGAAGUUGAGCUCCAGAAGACUGCCGAAGGGGGAAUCCUCUCCUCAUCGCUGGAGAUGGGAGGAAAAUUAGCUGGGGCCUGACUUUUAUGUGCCCAUCUCUGUCCUUCUGGCAGGGAAAGAGGCAGCCUGACUCCUCAGUUGCCUUUGAUUUAAGUUUUGUUCUGUUAUUACCCCGCAUCAGAUCUUUCCCACCAGAAGUUACAUCUCACCAGAAUGAAGUGUUUCUUUUUCCCCCCAACGUGGAGUUCAGUCAGUCUAUCUCCAUCUCUAAGAGCUUGUCUGUAUGAGAGAGUAGCACUGGCUUAAUGUAAAGUGUCAAUCCAAACCUAUGACAGGUCCCAUGUGGACGCUCCUACUUCAGUCUGGCUUAAGGUGGCUUGGAACAGGUUUAAGUUAAAACCAGCUUAAAAUACAUUUGUGUAAAGGUUUACAGCAGUUGAGGGGAAAAAAAGGAGCAAGUUAAGCCAAUGCAAAACUCCAAUGUAAGGAAAGCACCAAUCUACUUACUAAAAGCUUAAGCCAUACAAACAUGGCCAUGAUUUUUCAUCUCAUGUAAUGCCAAGUGUCCAUUUCCAGCCAGAUCUCUGAUCCAGAGGUUGUAGGAGCAGAGCUGAGGCUUUCUAACCACAGAUCCAUAGAGUCCAGGUAGACAGCAGCAAGCAAGGUCUGGGAAGUCAGAUGGUAAUGGGCACUGGGUACAGCAAUAAGUAAAAACCACCACUGAUUAUCCAUCACAAACAAUGGCUUUAUGUUGGCUGCCACACAGGGGAUCUCUAGGAGCCAGUACAGCCAAGAUUGUAGCCAUGAGCUGUAACAACUCUUAUCCUCUGAGCAUUGGCACAGAGAGGAAUUCCUAACACAGUCACUGGUUACAUUUGCUUGCAGGGACUUUGCUUCCAGCAGCUGACACAUCAGCUUCUUCCCCUCUGGCCAAGGUCUCCAAGUCCGGUCUGAGUGCAUUUACUGAUAGGAAAACACUGCAGAACCUGCCUUUCAGUUGAUAGCAACUCUCCAGCUAUUUAUAGCUGGCUGCUCAUGAGGCUGACAGUUUUUCAAGCCUCGUAAUAGCAGGGGCUGGCCCUCUCCAUCAUGGUUUCCUUCUGAAUUCUGGCACUGAUAAUGCAGUCAUCAACUUACUCUUGGUGGCCAGACUUAGUAAUUUUAGAUCCAAAACAUCUAUUUAGUUUCCCGCUGCCCAAGACAAGCAAGCAGGUCAAACUGAGUCGCGAGACUCCCCCCCCUUCCCCCAGCUGAAAUGUUGGGCUUUAAUAAGGGCACCAAAAUACAGGCCCCAGCAUUCUCCAUGCAGCUGAAAAUGGCAAAAACCAAGGAUUGCACUUUGUGGAAGAGGGCAGUGAGACAGCUUGCUCAUGCAGGUGACUGGAGAAGCCGGGGUGGCUUUUCCAAGAGAAGCUUGAUCAAGGGCAGAUGUCUAACGAACAAAUUAAAGCCAGCACGGUUCAUAGAAAGAGGAAAAGGGGGCCGACUUCUACAAGACUAAUGAUGUCAAUGACUGGAAACGUUCCCGCCCUCUCCCCUCCCACAGCCCCUACAUCUGGAAUCCAUGUUAGGGGAAAGCAGCUGCUGCCGCCCCCUGCCGGCUCUGUAAACCCAAAUCGCUGGUUCACAAUUGCUUUUCAUCUCUCAGCUUUUUCAGACCUACUGAAGCUUUUGAACAAAUCCUACAUGGACGAUAAACCCAGUUGCUGUCCACAUCCUGUUCUCACCCUUUUAAAAACACUGUUACUAUUUUAAACAGGAGCCGACUCAUUUUCCAGCCUGUUCAUUCUUGCUUGCUCCUACAGUGAAGUCAUAGGGCUAAAUGUAAGGCAGUUCCCAGAAAGAUCAUGAACUCGAGAUGAUGGCAUUGCUGUAGAACCAAAAAGGAAGAGGGAGGUGGCAGCCCUCAGCUGUGAUUAAAUUGCAGAGGGAACACAGGAGAGGGGUGGCUAGCUAAAGCAGAGAUGUGCUUUUAAACAUCUGAUUGACAUGGAAGUCUCCCUUGUAGGAAAUGACAGAGGAAAUGCAGGGCUAUUCCC